UUGUCUGCUAUGACUUCUACAAUCUACAGUUUAUACUCAAUACUUAUAAAUCUCCAAACUUUAACGCUAAAAUACACACAAAACAAUCGAUAACCUUAGUAUUUUCUGCAUGUAAAUCUUUUCAUUAACUUUAUACAAAUUCAUUAAAUGUUUCAUAAUUCAUGUAAUUAUUCUUUUUAAAUUUUCUUAUUAGUCCGAAAAUCGCUAUUUGAGCUAUUUUAACGAUCCAUUAUUAUAUGGGACAACAUGUGUAGAGCUAUGGGUACUUAGCUCCCGGCCCCCUUAAGAAUUCUAGAAUACUGGGAGAAUCUUAACAAAUAUAAGAUUUAAAAUGGUGGAAGAAACUUGUUCGACAGAAUGUUGUGGUUCUAAAAUGGGAAAAGUUGAACUGGUUCCUCGCCCUAGUGAUAUAAUGAAAAACGAUGAAGACCAAAGUUGGCUGUUUGGACUUCAUUGCAGAAAGUGUAAAAAGUGCCCUUAUUUGAUCGUUCCAAAAACACUUUAUAACUCCCAAGAAGCGGAGUUUGAGGGACAAGACUUCCAGUUUCUUGAUUAUAACUCUACACAAGAUAUACUAGAAGUUCAAAGUUUACUAACGACAGAGGAAGAUGGUUGGAGCGUGGCAAACACUAACUUUAAAAGGUUCCAGGCUGCAGUUCUGAAUAACGCAGUGUAUUCACUUGAAGAAGGUCCUGAUCAGGACAAUUUAGAAUCUGAAUUUAAUCUUCCAUAUCCUCAGGACCAGGUUUGGUUGUGUGGUUCUGGUGGGGUUAUUGUUGGAUUUGCUUUAGUUAAACUUAAAGGAAAUAUUUCCGGAUCUAAUUUGUUCAUCCGGAACAAGAUGAAUAUUAUUGAUGCUGUUUACAUCAGAAAGUCUCAUCGAAGAAAAAGUCUUGCCAAAAAAUUCAUUUCACAUUUGAUGAGUUUCCAUUCAGGGAACCUAGGAUUUAGUUCUCCAGUAUCUAAAUCUAUGCUGGGACUACUGACCAGCCUACUGGAGCACAACAAACCUUGGCAGGAUAGAAUCUGGAUCCUGGAGUCAGAUGGUUUAGAGUUUAGUGAGAGAAACCUAUGGUUGUCACAGAAAAUUUCUUUGGUGUAACAAAGGCCCGAAUAAUUUUUUUUGGUCGGAUUGAAAUUAGCUCCAAUAUUUGGAAAUUUUCUAUUUUUACUUUUUAAAGAUAGGCACUGCACAUGUUGGUUGUUACAUUUCACCAUUUCAUUUCAUUUCAAGGGUACCGUUGUGAAUAGGUUAUUGCCAUCUCUGCCUGGAGGGUCAAUUGAAAAUACGCU